AUGGACAUUGAUUUAAACCAUCCUACAUUGAGUGGGGGUGAGGAAGUUGAGGAAACAGAGAACAAUCCUUCAUUAAAUGAGAGUGACGAAAUUGAAGAACCUAAGAAGGGGAUGUGGUUUACCUCAAAGCAAGAAGUUCACGAGUUUUAUGCAAAAUAUGCUAAAAACCUUGGAUUUGCUAUAGCUUACAGAACACAAAAUGUUAGAUCGGAUGGAAAAGUGAAAUACUUUGGAAUUGAAUCUAGGAUAAGAGCGAUUUUACAACCGGAUGGAAGAUAUAAGUUAACUACAGUUGUGCUUGACCAUACGCAUGAUUUAAUUCCUAGCGACUCACGCCAUUUUCCAAUGAAUAAGAGGAUUCGUACUCCUGUGAAGAGAAGAUUAGAAAUAAAUGAUGAAGCAGGAAUAGGGGUAUCUAGGAAUUUUCAUUCUAUAGUUGUUGAAGCGGGGGGAUAUGAGGCAUUAACAUUUGAUGAACGAGAUGUAAGGAACCACAUUGAAAAUGCUAGAAGAUUGAGGCUUGGGGUAGGAGACGCCGAAUCAGUUGCAUUUUAUUUUCAUAGGAUGCAACAAGAAAAUUCAAACUUCUACUCUGCAAUUGACUUUGAUGUAGAUGGUCGCAUCCGAAACUUGUUUUGGGUGGAUGCAAGGAGUAGGGCGGCUUAUAAAGCAUUUGGGGAUGUUGUCUCAUUUGACACGACCUAUCUUACAAACAAGUAUGAUAUGUCGUUUGCUCCGUUUGUAGGAGUUAAUCACCAUGGAUAG